CACAACAACAUCCCAACCCGCGCAGUACUCAGAAAUGAUAAGUUGAAAGGAGUUUUCGUCUACGGAUAUCAAGGGCUUUGAUUUUCCUUUCAAAGUGACUCCAAGAAUGCCCAAUGGCACAACCGGCUUACCACCGUGUCGGGGAUGAAGAUGACAUCGAGCUCGACGACAUCCAUGGCCUCCCACGGACGGCAGGACUGCGGCAAGGAAGCACGCGACGGCAACCAAAAGUUAUCUGGCUCAUCGUCUUCUUUCUCAUUAACAGCCUAGCAUUCGGCAUUGCUGCCGUCCCUCGCAUCAACCUCGUGGUCUCCCUGAUCUGCCGCCAAACGCUCGAUUCCCAGGCCCCCGGAUCCGGAGAUGCAGGUUCGACCGAGCCCGUGGUCAUCGGCGGCCACAACCCCCAGUGCAUGGAGCAUAGUGAGGUUUCUUCGCUGACGGCGCUCACGGCGUCCUACGGCAAUGUCAUCAGCGGCGUUUUGUCCAUCUGCACGAGCACGUUCCUCAGCAUGCUGAGCGAUCGCGUGGGCAGGAUCAAGAUCAUCGCGUACAGUGCGGUUGUCUUGCUGUGUGCGGAGGCUGUGCUCGUUGUGCUGGCGAAUUCGUCGGCAAGCGUCAGCUACAAGUGGCUUUACCUUGCGUACUUGCUUGAUGGAUUAGCAGGUUCUUUCUCGGUCAUCAUGGCUAUGGCUUCAGCCUACAUCAGCGACUGCACAGCCCAAGAACAACGGAACGUGGAAGUUGGCCGAAUGCAAGCCGCAAUGUUCAUUGGCAUUGCCGUUGGACCGGCCAUCUCCAGCGCCAUUGUUGGUUCUAGCGGCCAGAAAUCUCCUUUACUGGUUUUCUACAUAUGUCUUGUAAUGCGCGCAUUUUCUCUGGUAUAUCUGUCCAUCGUCCCGGAAAGCCUGCCAGCAUUGGUAGCAGGGACCAUAUCUAGGAAUGCCCCUCUAUUCCCCAUGCUGAACAUGAGCUCGGCCAAGAGCUUUGAUAUCCGCGCACAGCUGGACCGCAUCAACCCCUUCAAAUGGCUCGACAGGCUCGUACCCUCCGGCACAAUAGGCAGCACACUGCUACGGCGGAACGUCCUCCUCUUGCUCGCCAUCAACUUCAUCUGCUACAGCGGCGCAAUGGCUACAUCAGACGUGCUUAUACUCUACCCACAGAUGGUGUUCAAAUGGGGCAACGUCGAAAACAACAUGUUCAUGUCCAUCGUCAACGCCUUCCGGGCCGCCGUCUCGGCCCUCGCCCUCCCCCUCCUCAUCAAGCUCUUCCGCAAAGCCUAUCCCGAAAGCGGCGGCGGCCGCCGCCGCGCGCGCAACACCAGCACCAGCACCAACACGCUCUACGAAGCCGCUCCCUUUACGCCCCGCGCCUCUACCGAAGACGAAGAAGAAGCAGAAGAAGAAGAGGAAACAUCGCGCCCACGCAGCCCCACCGCCACAGACACCGCCUCCCCCUCACCAGCACUCCCUCCCCACCCCGACCCCCUCGACCGCACCCUCCUCCUCACAGCCCUCGUAACCGACGCCCUCGGGUACACGGGCUACGCGCUCGCGCCCAGCGGCGCGGUCUUCACGCUGAGCGGGGCGCUGGCGGCCUUUGGCGCCGUGGGCACCUCGACGACCGAGGUCGCGCUGACGAAGCACGUGGCGCGCGCGCGCGUCGGCGAGCUCAUGGGCGGCUUGGGCGUCUUGCAGGCUGCGACGCGCAUCGUCGCCCCUGCUGUCGUUAACGUCGUUUAUGCUGCGACGGUGGAGGCGGCGCCCGAGGUUGCGUUUUUGGGCGUUGCGGGGGCGUUGGUGCUGGGCGCUGUGUUGGCGGGGGGGUUGAGAGGGGCGUAGUGUGCAGUGCGGUGCAAGGAUUGCUGGUUUGGGUUUUGGGACGUUAGGGCGUGUUGGGUCUUUUGGGUUGGGGAUAUAGAUGUAAUGUUUUUUGGGGAGUACUGAAGACAAGGGACUUAUUGCGGUGGAAACAGAAUCAUGUAUAAGAAGGUUGCGACUUGGU